AAAAACCGGAGGAGAAGUCUCCUCCAGAGUUCAUCAAGGUCCCCGACAAGGUCACGGCCAGAGAGCACGACAAUGCCAAGUUCAUUGUCAAGGUCAUUGGAGAGCCAAAACCAGCAGUCACCUGGUACAAGGACGAAGAACCCCUAGAGGACGCAGAGCUCUACCACACAGAGAGCUAUGAAGACACUCACUGCUUCGAGAUCAAAGACACGGAGAAGACAGACGAGGGUCCCUACACGUGCAUGGCGGAGAACUCAGAGGGCAAGGUCACGUGCCAGAUCCCACUCUUUGUUAACGAGAUCCCACGUGACGAGCGACUGUCUGAGUCACCGCUGGUUCUCAAGACGCCAGAGGAGACACAGGCGCCCCAGUUUGUGGAGACGUUUGAGGACACGGGAUGACCGCGAGCUGGUGGCCACGCCCAACACUGUGGUCAAACACGAGGAGGACACGGUCAAGCUGAGGAUCUCUCCCACCAGGCUUGACCAGGAGGGCGUGUACAAGUGUGUGGCCUCAAACCCCGCCGGGUCAGCCGAGUGUGUGGCCAAGGUCGUCGUGGAAGGCAAGACAGAACCUCCCAAGUUCACCCGCCCUCUGUCCAACAGAGAGUGCAAGGAGGGACGGCCGGUCAAAUUUGAGUGUGCUGUUACUGGCUUACCUCAGCCGGACAUCUCAUGGUUCCUGAACGAGCAGCCUGUAGAGGCCGGUGUCCGGUUCCAUGUUGACCAGAGGAAGGGUUUCUCUGACGUCACACACAGCCUGAGUCUGGACUCCACUGACGUGGCAGACUCGGGGACGGUCAAGGCCGUGGCAGUCAAUCGUGCUGGGGAGGCCAGUACUGACGCCACGCUUACUGUGGAUGAGAAGAAAGAAGCGCCCAAGUUCAUCAAGAAACAUGAGACCACAGAGGUAGUGGAGUUCAACAACGCCACCUUCAAAGUGAUGGUCAGCGGCAAGCCCAAGCCACACGUGACCUG